AUGCCAAUUUCUAAUCUUACAAAUGGAAUAUCGAGUGAUCGAAAAAUCGAUCAAUUCGAGCCUCCAUAUGGUUAUCUGUCAUCAAUAGAUCCAUUUCCGUGUUUUGAAGAAAGUGUUAUAAAUUAUUCGACGAAUCAGCGUAAUCAAAAGCCAUCUAAUCUUAUUUGUAAAUUAGUUCUUGCUGGUGAUGUAGCCGUAGGAAAAUCAAGUCUAGCUACAAGAUUGUGUCAUAAAACAUUUGAUAGAAAUUAUAAAGCAACUAUAGGAGUCGAUUUUGAAGUUGAACGAUUUUCAAUUUUGGGUGUACCUGUAUCAUUACAAAUAUGGGAUACUGCUGGACAGGAAAGAUUUAAAUGUAUUGCAGCUGCUUACUAUCGUGGUGCUCAUGUCAUCAUAGGCGUAUUUGAUAUGAACGAUAUUGAUACAUUGAAAAGUGCUGAACGUUGGAUCAAUGAAGCAUUACAAACGACAACAGCAGAUAAUCCUCUGAUAUUUUUAGUUGGUUCAAAACGAGAUUUAAUAACAGAUAAUACAAGUCAUGCAAAAAUUGAACAAACUGCUCGUAUAGUUGCUAAGCGUGUCAAUGCUGAAUUUUGGUCUCUGUCAUCAUUGACAGGUUCUAAUGUUGAAGAAUUUUUUAAACGUAUUGCUUGUGUAACAUAUCAAACGUUAAUUCGACAACAAUUAAAUUCCCCAAAUACAUCUACUGAUAGAGUAAAAACAAAAACUCAAUUAGCUGUUAGUCUUGUUCCGACAAACGAUUACAUUUCCAAACAAACAUCCAAAGAUAAUUGUUGUAGUACUGUAUAA